CUCUUGUUCUGUUUGUUGAUAUCGGUCUCUCUCUGCUUGCCGUGCCGUGACGUGCCUGUCUGUCUGUCUGAGUGAGGCUUGCUUGCUUUACUUCUUCCUUCCUAGCCAUGUCGUUUCUUCCCUUGCCUCGUUCUGCCUACGGCCUGAGCGAGUGGGGCGGCUUCCUCCCACCUGACGAGCCACUCCCACGCCUCUCUGACCCAUACUUCGACCCGUGGGAAACCCUUGCUGCCAACCUGCCCGAGCGCCUGACAGCCAUCGACGAGUACCGGCGUGAUGUGCAGCAGAUGCCCGUCCUGGAGACGAGCAGCCUGACGGGUGGUGGUGAGGGUGGGGUUGAGGGUAGUGAUGAUAUUGCGGAGGUGCGUCGCGCUCAUGUGGUGUUGGGGAUGCUGAGCAUGGGGUACGUGUGGGGAGGGGGGGAGAAGGAACCGGCUAAGGCGCUGCCCAGGAGCCUCGCUGUGCCAUGGUGAGUGUGAGUGUGAGGGAAUGGAUGCAGGAAGGGUUGGCAGGUGCUUGCAGACACAGACACGUGUGUGUGUGUGUAUAUGUGUGUGUGUGUGUAUAUGUGUGCGCUUGUCAGGACAUGUGUGAGCCGUCGGUUGGGCCUGCCGCCCAUCGUGACCCACGUCGACAUGGACCUGUGGAACUGGGCCAAGAUCGACAAGGACGAACCAUUCACGCCAGAGAACCUCAAGUGAGUAGCCACAGCCCCCACACCCCCACACAAAACACACAAGCGGCAUCUAUCCAUGUAUGUCUGUGUGUUGGUUGUCAGGUGUCACUCGCACUUCACGGGCAGCCGCAGCGAGGAGUGGUUCCACCUGGUGCCCUGCGCCAUAGAGCACGCCGGCACCCCUCUCGUCAACAAGACAUUCGACCUCGCCACACACCUUAACCAGCUCUUCCCAAACGGCCCUCCCUCAACCCCCAAACCCACACCAGACACCGAGCGCAUCACGGCAGAGUACCUCUCGUGUGUGUCAACCACCCUCACCGAGAUGACGGCCUUGAUCAGGCGCAUGCGCGAGGGGUGCGACCCACGGGAGUUCUACCUCAAGCAAAGGCCCUUCCUCGCCGGUUUUGGGUCCAGCGAGGCGCUGCCGGACGGUCUGGUGUACGAGGGCGUCUCCACCGAGCCCCUCAAAUUCAACGGUGCGAGCGCGGGGCAGAGUAGCCUGGUGCAGAUGUUUGACGUGCUCCUGGGGGUCAGGCACCGCGACCCCUUCCUCGCUAAGAUGCGCCAGUACAUGCCCGCAGACCACCGGAUGUUUCUCGAGGCACUGGAGCCGCUGGGCGAGGCGCUGCGGGGCAUCGUGGGGGCUAGUGGCAGUGGCAGUGGCAGCGGCGACCACACACUCGCGAGGCGGUUCGACGAGUGUCUCGACAAGCUGGCUGCAUUCCGCUCGGCACACAUGGGUCUGGUGCACACCUACAUCAUCCAGAUGAAGCGCGAGCAGGCUGCGGCCGAGCACGACCACGACCAAGACCACCACGAGGCGCACCACGCGGCGAGCAAGGCCAAGGGCACCGGCGGCACCGAGCUGAUCCCCUUCCUCAAGCAGUGCAAGGAGGAGACCACCGAGGCCAAGCUCAACCACACUAUCCCCCACAGCCACAGCCUCCCCCAGCCGCACCACCAGCAGCACCUGAGGAAGGAUGGCCCGUUGCUGCAGCUGGCCAGCAGUGUCCGGGCGCGGAGUGCUGGCUCGUUGUGUGACAGCAGUGGGAGUCCGGUAGUAGCGGCCGACACCCCCACGUGUGUGCCUGCCGAGUUGGUGCAUGGGCUGGCGGAAGCGUUGCCGGAGCCCGACACGGGCGACGUGUAGUCGAUGUUCGUGUGUGUGUGUGUGUGUGUGCGUGUGUGUGAGGGUGAGAGUGGAUGAGCGAUGGAGAGAAAGUGGAUCGAUGGGUUUUUGUAUGCGGACCUUCCUCACCUCACCGAGUGGCUUCAUGUCGUUGUGUCGGAGCAGCCUCUCCGCGAACCGCCCGUGCCUGGGGACAGCCAGGGGCGGUUCGCUGAGCUGAUGCGGUGACACAACAGCAGGAAGCUACGGGCGCAGUGUGCUGUGCAUGGAUGAAACACACGGACGGACAGUGGCGAGAGAGAGCAGAUCGUGCCUGGAGAGGAAUGACGGACACAAGGACCGAUGGAUGGAUGGAUGAGUCAUUCUUGUCCUUUUCAGUGUGUGUGGGGCGGGAGAGGGGUGGGGGCGGGUUGCUGUUUAUGAAUGCGUAAAGGCCUGUUUGCGUCCGUUUAUGCGCCCAUUUGCGCACACACACGAUCACGGGGGAGGGAGGGACCUGAUGGAUGUAUCUAUCGCACUCGCUUUUUGUGACCGAUCAGUUUGCUUACGUUUAACACAGGGCUCUCACAGACCAACACGCACUCACAGGGUGUUUUGACACCCGCUUCUGGCAUUCAUACCAACUGGACUCUCUCUGUACCCUAGCAUUUGUCUCUUCAUGGCCAUGGCCGGCUGCUUGAGGUGAAGUGAGGUGCGAUCAUCGCAACCCUGGCCGGAGACACAUGCCUCUAUCGUGACACUGUGGAUCCAUCCAUGUG